CUCUCUCUCUCUCUGGGAUAACGCUUCCCGUUGUCGUGGUUAUCAGUCUCGUUCUUCAGCCUGUAGCGUAGCCCGGCUCUGCCCGGCGGUUCCGGUGAUGGAGCGCUUCUUGGCGCUGCUGCGCCUCCUGAGCCGCAGGACGCGAGGGAGGAGGUACCGGGCGGAUGACGACUACCAGGAAGGCUACGAAGAUGUGUACUACUACACCAGCAAAUACAACGCACACCUACUGAAUGAGGGGCCGUACACCAAACACUCGGCUGGGUCGCGACCUCCAGAUGGAGCGCUGGCCAUCAGGAGGCAGAGUAUCCCAGAGGAGUUUCGGGGUGGCUCAUUGGUGGAGCUGCUGAAGAAGGAGGGGACGACGCUCGGACUGACGGUUUCCGGCGGCAUCGACAAGGACGGCAAGCCGCGGGUGUCAAACUUGCGGCAGGGAGGCAUCGCCGCCAGGAGCGACCAGCUAAACGUUGGCGACUACAUCCGCUCCGUUAACGGCAUCAACCUCGCCAAGUUCAGACAUGAUGAGAUCAUCAGCCUGCUGAAGAACGUCGGGGAGCGAGUCGUGCUGGAGGUCGAGUACGAGCUGCCGCCGGUCUCGGUGCAGGGGUCAGGGGUCACGUUUAAGAACGUGGAAGUGACUCUUCACAAAGAAGGAAACAGUUUCGGUUUCGUUAUUCGAGGCGGAGCCCACGAAGACAGGAACAAGUCCCGCCCCAUCGUCAUAACAUCCAUCAGGCCGGGCGGGCCCGCUGACAGAGAGGGAACCCUGAAGCCGGGCGACCGUUUGCUGAGCAUCGACGGGAUCCGUCUCCACGGCAGCACGCUGUCAGAGGCCAUGAGCAUCCUGAAGCAGUGCGGGCAGGAAGCUACGCUGCUGGUCGAGUACGACGUCUCCGUGAUGGACUCCGUCGCCACGGCGUCAGGGCCUCUGCUGGUGGAGGUCGCCAAGGCGUCAGGCUCAAGUCUGGGCGUGGCUCUGUCCACCUCCAUGUUCUGCAGCAAGCAGGUCAUCAUCAUCGACAAGGUCAAACCUGCCAGCAUAGCAGACAGGUGUGGCGCACUUCACGCAGGAGAUCACAUUCUGUCAGUUGACGGCAAGUCGAUGGAGUUUUGUUCCCUCGCCGAGGCGACUCAGCUGCUCUCUGCCUCCUGUCAGACCGUCCGAAUGGAGAUCCUGCCGCAGCACCAGGCCCGACCAGCUCUGAACGCACCACAGCAAGUUAAGGUGCAGCAUAGUCCCCGCCCCCUCCCCUGGGAGACUGGAGGCUCCGCCCCACUCCUACCCCCCUACCACUACAACACCUACCACCCCGACCAAUCAGCUGCCAGAUCGCACAACCGCCAUACAAACAACCCUCCGCUCAGCCACUCCUUCUCUCCUGGCUCCAUGUCGGCCUACAGUCUGUCGUCGCUCAACAUGAACACCCUGCCCAGGAACAUGUAUCCCACAAGUCCACGGGGCACAAUGAUGAGGAGGAAGGCGAAGAAGAAGGACUUCAAGAGUUCCUUGUCUCUGGCAUCCAGCACCGUGGGCCUCGCCGGUCAGGUCGUUCACACCGAAACCACAGAGGUGAUGCUGCACAGCGACGGCAUCAUGGGCUUUGGCCUGCAGCUGCAGGGCGGAGUCUUUGCCACGGAGACGCUGUCCUCACCGCCACUGAUCGCUUACAUCGACCCCGACAGCCCAGCGGAGAGGUGUGGUAUUCUUCAGAUUGGUGACAGGAUUUUGUCCAUAAAUGGAGUUCCUACUGAAGACUCCACAUUGGAAGAAACCAAUCAGCUCCUCAGAGACUCAUCCAUCACGGCUCAGCUCAUGCUGGAGAUCGAGUUUGACGUGGCUGAGUCGGUCAUCCCCAGUUCUGGAACGUUCCACGUGAAGCUUCCCAAGAAACCAGGAGUGGAGCUGGGAAUCACCAUCAGCUCUCCAUCCAACCGGAAACCAGGCGAUCCGCUCAUCAUCUCGGACAUCAAGAAAGGCAGCGUUGCCCACAGGACGGGAACUUUGGAACUGGGAGACAAACUGCUGGCCAUCGAUAACAUCCGUGUGGAAAACUGCUCCAUGGAGGAAGCCGUCCAGAUUCUCCAGCAGUGUGAAGAACUGGUCAAACUGAAGAUCCGCAAAGACGAGGAUAACUCUGAUGAGCAGGAGGUUUCUGGGAGUAUCAUCUACACGGUGGAACUACAGCGGUAUGGUGGCCCGCUGGGAAUUACCAUCUCAGGCACGGAGGAACCCUUUGACCCCAUCAUCAUCUCCUCAUUGAGCAAAGGGGGGCUGGCUGAGAGGACCGGGGCCAUCCAUGUCGGUGAUCGUAUUCUUGCCAUCAACAGCAGCAGUCUGAAGGGGAAACCUCUGAGUGAAGCCAUUAGUCUCCUUCAGCAGGCCGGAGAAACUGUGACGCUGAAAAUCAAGAAGCAGGGAGAACCAUCCAGCCCAAAGUCCUGUGUGAUCGGAUCAGGACUAGGAAUGGGACCUGGACUCGUCCAGGAGAACCAGGAUGGUGGGGAGGAGGAGCCUGUUGUCAUAGUAGCGCCGCCAACAGCUCAGAGAACAUUCAGCACACUACCAUCUGUGGACAGCGCUGUGGACUCCUGGGACGGAUCCAACGUGGAUAGUACCUUCACUAGUCCAGCUCCACCAUUCCAGUCAUCUCUGUAUAGUUUUCAAGAAUGGCGUAACAACAAGACGACCAACAACCAAUCAUCAUCCUCCACCCGUCAGCGAGCCAAUCCUCUAUCAGAUCUGGGUCUGAUUGAUGAUGACUGGGACCGCCCACCGCUUGGAGGAGCCGAUAAUCUGCCCAGCGGUCUAAUCACUGACAGCAGAUUCACCGUGGGGAACGAUGGGACGGAACCGGACCAGGAAGAGAACUUCUGGUCUCAGGCCCUGGAGGAUCUGGAGACGUGUGGGCAGAGCGGCAUCCUCAGAGAGCUGGAGGCUACCAUCAUGUCAGGCUCCACCCUUAGUCUGAACCAUGAUCCCGCCCCCGUACGCAGCACCCUGGGACGUCAGGCCAGCUUCCAGGAACGUAGCACAUCUAGGCCACAGAUAACGCCACGGUCCAACACCUUACCAUCUGAUCCCCAUCGGCGAGCUUUUGCCAUGAGGAAGAUGAGGCAAGAAGUCAAUGAGAUCCUGAACCAGAACCCUGUGGAACUCCACAAGUUGACUCUAGAAAAGGCCACAGACCUAGAAGAUUUUGGUUUCAGUGUUUCCGAUGGUCUGCUUGAUCGCGGUGUCUACGUUAACAACAUCCGGCCAGGAGGCCCGGCAGAGCAAGGUGGCCUCCGAGCGUACGACCGAAUACUCCAGAUUAACCACGUACGGACCAGGGACUUCGACUGUUGCCUAGUUGUACCUUUGAUCUCCGAGUCUCCAAACCGUUUGGAGCUUGUCAUCAGCCGGAACCCCACCUCUUCGUCACCGAUGGCCAAUCACACGGAUGGCACCUCCUGCACCAACCACUCGCCUCAGCCUGUUGGCGGGGACCUGGGACUAUCGGACCUUACCAUUGGCCAGGGAGAGGAAGAUGGUCCCGUAAAAUGGAGCCAACCUGGGGAGGGACUAGUGACUGGGCUUAGAGAAGGGCAGGAGAAUAACAAUUCUUUAUAGCAGGAAAAAAAAAAACUGUAUUAAACUGAUAGUAACCAGUUUGGACCUCAGAGCAAA